AUGAAAAAUCGUUGCGGCAGAAAAAAAUCUAAGUACAAUUCAUUGUUUAUAAAUGCUGGUGGCGAGCGAAUAAACUCUGGAAAAAACGUCUUUGAUGAAGAUAAUUCCACACUGUUAACUACUUUGUAUGAAAAUUCAAAAAAGCCCUGGGCUUAUAGUUGUUUGGGAGAGUUCUUAUCGUCAACGGAUUCCACAAAUUACAUACAAAACAUUACAUGUGGAGUUUCUGUUCGUGAUCAGUUAUAUGUUAAAGCUCGUCUUUGCCCUCAAUCUCUAACAUAUUAUGGUUUCUGCUUACACAAUGGCCUUUACACUGUGAAUCUUCACUUCGCCGAAACUGUAUUUGCAAAAGAUGAAGACUACAGCAGUUUAGGGAAGCGAGUUUUUGAUAUAUAUAUUCAGGGGGAGCGACUACGAAGAGAUUUCAACAUAAAAAAAAUGACUGGCAAUACUCCAAAUAUGGAGUGGAUUGAAAAUUUUACAGAUGUUUAUGUUCAUGAUAAUCUACUGGAGAUUCGCUUAUUCUGGGCUGGAAAAGGAUCUAUUUAUUAUCCGCUUGAUCUGAAUGGACCUCUCAUAUCAGCUAUUUCGGUCAAUCGAAAAAUCAAACCAUUACCGAUAGUAUGGAUUGUGGUUGCUUCUGUAUUAGCUGCACUUCUUCUAUUGGUUCUUGUUUUGGCUUUGAUGUGGAGAAUGGGAUAUCUGGGAGACAGAGAGUUGCGUGUGACAAAGGUGGUACUCCGAGGCCACUCUUACACUAUAAAACAAGUGAAAGAUGCUACUGGAAAUUUCAGCCCUACGAAUAGGAUUGGCAAUGGGCGUUUUGGGAUGAUAUACAAGGCUCAACUGCCAGAUCAGACGGUAGCUGUGACCAAGCUUUCUUUUGAAUCAAACAAGGAUCAAAUAGGAACUGAAGUCUAUGCCUUGAAACAGUUAAAGCAUGACAAUCUUGUCGAAUUGUUGGAUGUCUAUUCCAAAAAAGAUCUACACUUGCUGAUUUAUGAAUAUAUGGAAAAAGGCUCACUUAAACAAGUAUUGUUUGAUGAGUCGGAUUCUAAAGUGAUACUUGAUUGGCCAAAAAGAGUUAGCAUAUGUCUUGGAAUAGCAAGGGGUCUGAAGUAUCUACAUCAAGAUCAUACAAGUGGUAAAGUUGUUCACAGAAAUGUUAAAGCAAGUAAUAUUUUACUUGAUGGAAAUCUUAACCCUAAGGUUUCAGACUUUGGACUGGCAAAGAUUUAUGACGAGGAAAAUCCAUACCAGUUCAUCAAAGAAAUAGGAACAGUGGUAUACAUGGCACCAGAGUGUGCAACACGGAAAGCCAUAACAGACAAAGCUGAUGUUUAUAGUUAUGGAGUACUUUUGCUUGAAAUAGUUAGUGGAAAGAGUAAUUUAAAGACCGAAGAAAACCAAGGGAACGAUUAUCUUUUAAAUAAGGCUUGUGUUUUACAUUCAGAGCAAAUGCUUUUGAACUUGGUGGAUACAAAUCUGUGUGGAGAUUAUGAUAAAAAGCAAGCCCUUAAAAUAUUGGAUUUGGCUAUAAAGUGCAUCAAUCUGUCACCUACUCUGAGGCCUACAAUGCUCGAAAUUGUGAGUGAGCUUGAGCAAAUUUCUAAUGUCAACGCUCCUUCUCCCUCAGCUUGAUUUUUGAGCAGUUUGGUUUUAUCAAAAUGGUUUAUGGAAUAGGAUUCCUAGCUUUGUCCUUGUCUCUUUUCUUGAGGUU